AUGCACAUUCGAAAGACGCGGCCGGACGGGAACUGCUUCUACAGAGCGUUCGGCUUCGCUCACCUGGAGUCGCUGCUGGACGACAGUAAAGAGCUUCAGAGAUUCAAAGAGGUGGCAGCUAAAAGUAAACAAGACCUGGUGGAGGAGGGUUUCACAGAAUUCACCAUCGAGGAUUUCCACAACACUUUCAUGGACCUGAUCGAGGUGUGCGAGAAGCAGCAGAACCUACAGGACCUGUGGAGCUCCUUCAACGACCAGAACGUGUCGGACUACAUGGUGGUCUACCUGCGGCUACUGACCUCCGGGUACCUGCAGCGGAAACCCAGCUUCUUCCAGCAUUUCAUCGAAGGAGGACGCUCCAUCAAAGAGUUCUGUCAGCAGGAGGUGGAGCCCAUGUCUCGGGAGAGCGACCACAUCCACAUCAUCGCCUUGGCCGCGGCGCUGAACGUGACCAUCAGAGUGGAGUACAUGGACAGAGGAGACGGCGAGGUCAACCACCACACGUUCCCCGAAGGAGGAGACCCACGCAUAUUCCUCCUGUACCGACCCGGCCACUACGACAUCCUUUACAAAUAG